AUGCGGUGGAUGUUUCACAUUACGAACUUAUUAGACCCUCUUGACAUUGAUCUCCGGCGAUUUAUUAUUCAUUAUGGUGAAAUGGCUCAAGCUACCUAUGGUGCUUUCAAUUCCCAGAAAGCAUCAAAAUUUGCAGGAAGCAGCUUAUAUGCAAAGAAUGGUUUUUUUCUCCAAAUUGGUUUAGAUAAAGGCAAUCCCUACAAGUACACAGUAACCAAGUUUUUUUAUGCAACAUCACAAAUUCAGCUUCCUGAGGCAUUUAUUGUUAAGUCUUUGUCAAGAGAAGCUUGGAGUAAGGAGUCCAAUUGGAUGGGGUAUAUAGCAGUGGCCACCGAUGAAGGGACUGCUGUUUUAGGAAGGAGAGAUAUUGUAAUUGCUUGGAGAGGUACAGUGCGGACAUUAGAAUGGGUUGAUGGUCUUGAAUUUGUUUUAGUCUCAGCUUCAGAUUUACUGGGCGAGUCCGGUAAUGAUCCUAAGGUACAUCAAGGUUGGCAUUCCGUUUAUACUUCUGAUGAUCCCCUUUCGCCUUUUAAUAAGAGCAGCGCAAGAGAUCAGGUUCUUAAUGAGGUAAGAAGACUAGUCGAGAAAUACAAGAACGAAGAAAUAAGCAUUACAGUAUGUGGGCACAGUUUAGGAGCUGCACUAGCAACAUUAAAUGCAGUUGAUAUAAUUGCAAAUGGGUUUAACAAGUCAAAAACGUUUCCAAACAAAGCUUGUCCAGUCACAGCAAUAGUCUUUGCUAGCCCUAGAGUCGGUGACUCAGGGUUCAAGAAAGUGUUUUCAGGGUAUAAAGAGCUUCGGGCAUUAAGGAUUCACAACAAUCUUGACAUUGUUCCUAAUUAUCCAUUGAUAGGAUACGCAGAAGUUGGAGAAGAACUUGUAAUUGAUACUACAAAAUCGAAUUACCUAAAGAGUCCAGGAAACGUUUCCAGUUGGCAUAACUUGGAAGGUUACUUGCAUGGAGUAGCAGGAACGCAAGGCUCUAAAGGAGGAUUUAAGUUAGAAAUUAAUCGUGAUAUUGCUUUAGUAAACAAAUCUUUAGAUGGUUUAAAGGAUGAGUAUCUUGUACCACCUUCAUGGUGGAUUCAAAAGAACAAGGGUAUGGUGCAGCAAUCAGAUGGUUCCUGGAAAUUGAUGGAUCAUGAAGAAGAUGUUGCAGAAGAUAUAUAAUUAAUUAAUUUCAUUCGGUUAAGCUGAUUUAGUUGAGU